CUACGCGCCGCACUGUUACAAUUGUAUUAGUAGCAUGUUUUCAUUUGACGUGUUUGUGGAACCUAGUAUACGUCCGAACAACCACAAGAAGAUACGCAGGCAUACCGCUGUCGCCAGGUACGUAUAUAACUAGAUGAGUGACGAGCAUAAGCCAGCAGUUUCCCGUUCCCCUCACGCACAUACGCGGUAGACCCACUAUAUCAUCAACGUAGACUUGGGACCGUCUAUGUUAUCCGUAGCGUGACGGAUGGAGUAUCCCUAUAUAAAGACCUGCUGCGGAUGCUCUCAAGUGGCACUAGUGGGUGGACGAGCAGACUCAGAAUCGCGGUUUGGCACGCUUUAGUCUCUCGUAGACUCGCGUAGCGACCCUGAGCGCAGACGUCUACACGAUGGCGCGAACCAGUGUCAUGGAUCACCGAUUUCUAGUUGGUCUGUUAGUAUGCUUAGUCGUAGUCACCGUGAACAGCCAGGGUCCUCCUGGAGGGAGAGGGAGAGGACCACCUGAAAAAGGUUCAACACCUGGCAGACCUGGCAGAAGACCGCCUACUAGACGAGAAGGAGAAGGAGAAGGACGUGAGGGCGGGACUGACAGUGAUAUUAUCCCCAUCUGCCUGUGCCCUCAAAUUUGGGAUCCGCGAUGCGGUACAGACGGCGUAAUUUACGGAAACGAAUGCGAACUAAACUGCGCCAAGAGAGAAGGGAACUCAGCGCUCGAAUCAACGUUCAUGGCAGAAUGUGAGGGAGUUGAGCCAACCCAGCGACCGCCACCUCCUUGCAUUUGUACUGCUGACUACAGACCACAGUGUGGCACCGAUGGCGUGACCUAUGGAAAUCUGUGUAACCUGCAGUGUGCUCAGAGGCAAAAUCUAGACGUGGAACUUGCUUACGAAGGGGAAUGUCAAGGAGUUGAGCCAACCCAGCGACCGCCACCUCCUUGCAUUUGUACUGCUGACUAUAGACCACAGUGUGGCAACGAUGGUGUGACGUAUGGAAAUCUGUGUAACCUGCAGUGCGCCCAGGGACAGAAACUAGAUAUAGAACUUGCGUAUGAAGGCGAAUGCCAAGGAGUUGAGCCAACCCAGCGACCGCCAUCUCCUUGCAUUUGUACUGCUGACUAUAGACCACAGUGUGGCACCGAUGGCGUGACGUAUGGAAAUCUGUGUGGCCUGCAGUGCGCCCAGGGACAGAAACUACACCUAAAACUUGCUUAUGAAGGCGAAUGCCAAGGAGUUGAGCCAACCCAGCGACCGCCAUCUCCUUGCAUUUGUACUCAUGACUAUAGACCACAGUGUGGCACCGAUGGCGUGACGUAUGGAAAUCUGUGUGGCCUGCAGUGCGCCCAGGGGCAGAAACUACACCUAAAACUUGCUUAUGAAGGCGAAUGCCAAGAAGACACUUCAAACAAGCUAGGAUCAUGCCCAACAGUAGAUACACUCGCCUGCCCGACACAACCUACGCAGUGUCAGAGUAGCUUGGAAUGUCCGGGAGAAGAGCUGUGUUGCGAUGGAGGAAGUACCUGUGGCAGGAUUUGCAUUACACCACGACUUACAGCGUGCCACAUCGGGAAGCUGAAUGCCGAUCUGUUUGAUGGCGUUGGUCAUUUCACUCCACUCUGCACGGAGUCGGGCGAGUUCGAGCCCAAACAGUUGCAUGGAAGCACGGGAUACUCCUGGUGUGUGUACCCCACGGGCAAAAGGAUAGCUGGCACGUUCACCCCACCAGGAACGGAACAGCCUGACUGCGAAGCUGCCAGGAGAAAUCUGGACACUCAUCCGUGCCCCCCUGUAGUUUGCUCCAUGUCGUGUGAGCAUGGAUUGGCGCUUGAUGGUGAUGGAUGCGAAAUUUGUGAAUGUCGGUCUUCGCCCUGUCAGGGUAUAUACUGCGGAGAUAAUAGGCACUGCGAGACAGUAGAUGUACAGUGCGUCAGAGCUCCAUGCCCACCCUUGGCUAAAUGCAUCGUAAACACGAGUCCGGAAGAGGCCAGCCUAGAGCCGUCCUGCAAUGACAUCCAGUGUGGCCCCGAUGAAGUGUGUGUGCUGAGGGAAGUAUACUGCAUACGAGCACCCUGCGAUUUGCCUUUCCCGGAAUGCAUGUCUAGGGGAGUGGUUCCGGCUGAUGUGCCCACACACUGCACGCACCGUCUAUGCCGAAUCUACUGCGAAUACGGCCGGGUGAAGGACGAACAAGGCUGCGAUACCUGCGAGUGCCUAGAGGCUCCAGCGGAGUGUCCGGCCGUACGAUGUCGUAACCAGUGCGAGUUCGGCAGAAGGAAGGACACCAACGGUUGCGAUACGUGCGAGUGUAACGACAACACGCCUACCACCUGCCCAAGAGCGCAGUGUAGAUUAUUCUGUCAGCGAGGAUUCAAAAAGGACACCAACGGUUGCGAUAUCUGCGAGUGCAACGACAACACGCCUACCACCUGCCCAAGAGCGCAGUGUAGAUUAUUCUGUCAACGAGGAUUCAAAAAGGACACCAAUGGUUGCGAUAUCUGCGAGUGCAACGACGCACUGGCAGUCACCCUGUGCCCGCCGAAGGGUACGUGUCGCAUGUUCUGUGCGCUUGGCUUCAAGAAGAACGAGAAUGGCUGCGAGACGUGCGAGUGCGAGGAGGCGGCGUGUGAAUCACCGCGCUGCGCACUGCAGUGUCAGACGGGACUACGCAGACUCGACAACGGGUGUCUGACGUGCGAAUGUCGUCCGGAGAGCACCAGCGACCCCGGUCUUCCCCUGGGCUGUCCGUUCUUCAAGUGCAGCAGCAACUGCGACGACUAUGAAUACGAUGAGAGCGGCUGUCGGACAUGCACUUGCCUGCAGCAAUCUAAGGAGCAGAAUUUUAUAUCGGGACUACUCGAUAAAGCAGUAUGCGAGAUGCCCCGGCACGGCGCGAGCGGUAUCAUGUGUCUCGCGUACAUUCCGCGCUGGUGGUUCAACAAGGACACGAGAGAGUGCGAGCGCUUCAUCUACGGUGGUUGCAGCGGAACCGACAACAACUUCGCGACGUACGAGGAGUGCAGGAGCAGAUGCGCGCCGAGAGAGGCCGACGUCUGCACUCAAUCGGUCAGUGCAGGUAACUGUGACGGUUUUCAUAUGCGCUGGCAUCACAACCCCGCCAGCAACCGCUGUGAACGUUUCACUUACACUGGCUGUGGAGGCAAUGGCAAUAACUUCGACUCUUACCUCGACUGCCUUGUGCAGUGCUCAGGUGCAGGAGCUACCUUGGAUCCGAAGCAGGGGCCAUGCCCCAGCGAGACUUUCCUCACACGCAGUCAGUGCGAAUCUGCUACUGCCUGUGAAAACGAUCAAGAUUGCAGUAGGCUGGGGCGCUGUUGUGGGUCACGCGAAUGUGGGCAGGUGUGCGCAGUGCCUGAAUCACUAACAGCAUGUCAAAUUAAAGCAGCUAAUACGGGAGUGCAGCGGCAGCAAUAUGAUGUCGAAGACGCGAACGCGAACAUCGCUGAUCUACAGAAGUACACGCCAUACUGUGACGCGUACGGCGGCUUCGAGCAGAUUCAGUGCGAUACUAACGAUGGAACGUGCUACUGUAUGACGGAACACGGCGCUGCAAUAUACGAAACGAGAGUGGCAGCCCAGCUACCCACUUGUCCCGAUACCAGUCACUGCAGCAGAGUAUCGUGUGAUAACCUCGAAUGCGAAUUUGGUGUGAGGUACACAUGGGAUGAAGAUACUCAAUGCGAAAAGUGCGAGUGUGAUUUUAACCCUUGCCAGCUGGUAACUUGCAAAUCAGGGACGGAGUGUAAAGCAGAGCAAGUUCGCUGCUCUAGUGACUUCUGCCCAUAUGUUGUUCAGUGUGCAACAGUUGCUACCAUAUGCCCUGAUCUAACAAGUCUGUUCUUCUGCCCGGUGGACAACCCUAUACGGUGUUCUGGGGACGCAAGCUGUAGUCAAGGAGAGCUUUGCUGCAAUGCUCCGGGAUCUUGUAGAGUACAGAAAAUGUGCAUUGAAGGUGUAUCUUCUUCUACAGCUCGGGCAGCAGAUGAUGACAACCGCUGUCGUCCGGGACCAGCCUUGAAGAAUGCAAAUGGCAGCCCUCAAACGUGUUCCCGGGGCAACCGGUGUCCUGCCAACUACAUAUGCGACACCAGCCUAGCAGAUGCAGCAGCCGUGUGCUGCCCGCAGCCACAGAUCUCACUACUUAGACCUUUGGAGCGAAGCAGGCCACAGAAUUGUAUUUGCACGAGGGAGUAUAACCCACAGUGUGGCAGCGAUGGGAAAACGUACAGCAACCCGUGUGAACUCGACUGCGCCAAACAAACUAACUCACGUCUGCAGCUAGCUUAUGCUAGAUCCUGUGACCAAGGUAAUGUGCGGCAAAACGUGGUACCACAACAAUUACCAACCAAGAAUGACUGCCAGCUUCCCAAGCGAACAGGACGAUGUAGGGCACGUAUUCCUCGUUUCUACUACAACUCUGAGACGGGAACCUGUGAGUCAUUCAUCUAUGGAGGCUGUAAUGCCAACGCCAACAACUUCGAGACAGUAGACGCUUGCGAGGCCAAGUGCAUGGGAGAGAAGACCGCGCAGGCACUGGACUCGAGACUAGAUGACCCAUUGGUUUGUCCUGACCUGUCAGUGUUUUUCGACUGCCCCUUACCUGUACGGGAAGUGAGGAUAUGCGAUGCCGAUGCAGACUGUGCACAGAAGGGUGAUAAAUGUUGCCGAGCAGCAGGAGCAUGCAGGGUGGCGAGAAUGUGCUACCCAGCCAUCAAACAGUCAGAGAUACCGCCUCCAUUCAAUCCCUGCCGAGUAGGAGAACCACUACGUGACCCAGAAAAUCCUUCUAAGAACCGAGUGUGCUGGUCAGAGUCACCAUGUCCGGCCAAGUAUACGUGUUUCACGGAGAUCGCUGAUGCCGCUGCUGUAUGCUGCCCCGAGGAACCGACAUUGCCACCUCUGAUUGAAGAUGAACCGAUUAGACUAGUACCAGCAUGCAUUUGCACCUCGGAGUAUGACCCACAGUGUGGCAGUGAUGGGAAAACAUAUGGCAACCUGUGUCAACUGAUCUGUGCAAAGACACCAAACCAAGACCUACAGUUAGCUUAUCCACGAUCAUGUGACCAAGAACCGAGUAGACCCCCAACACCAUGUAUUUGCACCCGGGAGUAUAACCCACAGUGUGGCAGUGAUGGGAAAACCUAUGGCAACCCAUGCGAAUUAAACUGCGCAAAACAAGCGAACGCAGACCUGCAGAUAGCUUAUCCACGAUCCUGUGACCAAGGACCUGGACCAUCAGUUCCUUGUAUUUGCACGAGGGAGUAUGACCCACAGUGUGGCAGCGAUGGGAACACGUACAGCAACCCGUGUGAACUCGACUGCGCUAAGCAGGACAACGCAGGCCUGCAGCUAGCUUACCCACGAUCCUGUGACCAAGGAUUUGCACCCGGUCAGCGACCAUUCGAACAGCCAGUCAAAACCAGAGCAGAUGCCCAGGUCUGCCCGGGGGGCACCACACCCCUGGAAGACUCACGGGAUGCAGGCUACGCCAUGACAUGUUCUCAGAAUAGCCCAUGUCCUGCUCGAUUUACCUGCAAUACUGACCGCGCAGAUGCUCCAGCAGUCUGUUGUUCUCUAAGACAGCCCAGAUCAGGAGCGCAGGGGAUUAGACUCGUCGAUGGAGAUCAGAGUAAGAGUGUGAAACCAGGACAUUGCAGUUUGCCGAGCGUGACUGGACCUUGCCAAGGUUUCUUCAAGAAAUAUUUCUAUAAUUCUGAGCGAAGUAGAUGUGAAGAGUUCAUUUAUGGUGGUUGCCAGGGCAACGAAAACAGCUUUGAUACGAUCGAGGAUUGCGAAACCCAAUGUGGAGACCAGGGUAAGAGUGUGAAACCAGGAUAUUGCAGUUUGCCGAGCGUGACUGGACCUUGCCGAGGUUUCUUCAGGAAAUACUUCUAUAAUGCCGAGAAAAGUAGUUGUGAACAGUUCAUUUAUGGUGGUUGCCAGGGCAACGAAAACAGCUUUGAUACGAUCGAGGACUGCGAAACACAAUGUGGAGGUUCUACUCCCGUUGAUCCAUUCCAACGUCCGGUGAAAACACGAGCUGAUGAACAGGUGUGCCCUGGUGGUGCCACCCCUCUGGAAGAUCCCAGUGAUGAAGGUUAUGCCAAGACAUGCUCUCAGAACAACCCAUGUCCAAGUGGAUUUACCUGUAACACUGACCGGCAGGAUGUGCCAGCUGUCUGUUGUUCGUUAAGACAGCCAAGGUCAGGCAGUGGACGCCUUCCAACAUCUACAAGUUCAAUAAGCACACGGGUCGAUGACCAAGUGUGUCCAGGCGGUAACACGCCACUUUCUGACCAACGUGAUCCAACACUUGCCAGGACAUGCUCCCAACGCAACCCCUGUCCAACCAACUAUGUAUGUGAGACAAGGAGAGCAGAUGCACCAGCCGUGUGCUGCCCGCAGCCACAGAUCUCACCACCACAUGUCAAGCCACCUACUUUUCCUCAAGGACCUGGACCAUCAGCUCCUUGUAUUUGCACGAGGGAGUAUAACCCACAGUGUGGCAGCGAUGGGAAAACGUACAGCAACCCGUGUGAACUCGACUGCGCCAAACAAACUAACUCACACCUGCAGCUAGCUUAUGCUAGAUCAUGUGACCAAGGAUUUGCACCCGGUCAGCGACCAUUCGAACAGCCAGUCAAAACCAGAGCAGAUGCCCAGGUCUGCCCCGGGGGCACCACACCCCUGGAAGACUCACGGGAUGCAGGCUAUGCCAUGACAUGUUCUCAGAAUAGCCCAUGUCCUGCUCGAUUUACCUGCAAUACUGACCGCGCAGAUGCUCCAGCAGUCUGUUGUUCUCUAAGACAGCCCAGAUCGGGAGUGCAGAAUAUUAGACUCGUCAAUGGAGAAACAGGUACACCAGUAGCACCAUGCAUUUGCACCCGGGAGUACAACCCACAGUGUGGCAGUGAUGGUAAAACGUAUAGCAACCCGUGCGAAGUGAGAUGUGCAAUGGAAGCAAACCCAGACCUACAACUAGCUUAUCCACGAUCCUGUGACCAAGGGCAGACGAACAGAACAAGCCCUUCGACAACACGCCUGGACCCCAUUUGCACGCAGGAUCGCGUUUCCGGCACAUGUGAUGGCAACGAGAAACGCUGGUACUUCAACGCGGACACCAAGCGCUGCGAGCGCUUUGUCUACAGCGGCUGCGGCGGCAACGACAACAACUUUGCGAUGCGGGCAGAUUGCAUCGACCGUUGUGGCUGGCACAUAGCCCGGCCUCCACUCAACGUCCUCUGCACCAUAGAUAUCGACGAAGGACCGUGCACAAUGAAUCUCACUCGCUGGCACUACAACCAGCACACCGGACAGUGUGAGGAAUUCGCGUUCGGAGGAUGCGGUGGAAACAGGAACAAAUUCUAUGACGAGCGUAGUUGUCUGGGAGCUUGCAAUCCCAAUGGACUAUUUGGCCUCCUGCGCAAAUAGGCUGUUUUAUACGUAUUUGCCCACCUACAAAUUCCACACAUUUCCACAGAUUAUGUAGUUUGUUUAGGCUUACAACGUUCGACUAUUUCAAUGAAAAUGACACGUGUACACACCUUCAUUAAUUCAUUAUGUAAGGUUUUAAAGGAACUUGCUCUUUUAUUGUAUGGAAGUUACAUUAUAGCACAUUGUAACCUCACUAUUGAAGUGCAUAUAGUUAAUGCAGUAUGAGUAUUAAUCAAUACAGUUUGAAUUGAAAAACAACAACUGAUCACUAGACAAGAUUAUAUAUACUACAAUUGUGCAUAGAUUUGUAACAGCAACUUUCAAUAGUUACAAUACUAUAGAUACUAUAUUAUUAUAAAACUUUAUAUUAGCUGGCAAUGGUAUAUAUGUGUAUAUAUAUACAUAUAUAUAUAUAUAUAUAUAUAUUUAUAUAUAUAUAUAUAGGCUGCUAUUGAUAAGGAGAGUACAUGAACCAGAGAGAUUGGUGGUGCUCUUGUUGCCCCAAUAUACCUCAUAUACUAUUAUAAGGAGUAGUAGUUGCUAUGUACGAUAGUUUACAUUAGAACAAUGCAACUUGAAUCCAUACUUGAUGAUCUUCAUAACAUGAGACAACAAGAUUAUAUGCAUGUCACAAAUCACUAGCUUAUAGAGGUUUAGACGCACUGUAGAAUAAUAAAAGAGUGUACUGCUCAUAGCUCUGUGACCAUAUAAGGAUACCAAAAGAUCUUGAUAAUAAAAUCGUUUUUGCAUCGA